GUUGAAACCGCAGAGUUUGACGAGGAAUAUCGGCGAUGUUGUUGGCACAUGCUGUGCUCUUCAUAGCCGUUUUGGCUGGAGCCCCUUGGGCCCCAAGACUCUCUUGCUACACCUCUCCCUUGAUUCAUUAGUCUUCAUUAGUACGUGUUUUCGCAACAGCUAGGCGUACAAUCUCCGCGGAUGAGCAUGCGAUACCGAGUCCUCCCUCUUGCGUGGCUGCUGGAGCCAGCUUCUGCAGUACAAAUGGCUUGGGGCGAGGUAGAAAGGUGGAGAGGGGGCGCCCGUCCUGGACUCGCCCUGGACUUGCAACCGACCCGAGCCUUGCCCGAGGAGGAGACAACCAGAAUGCGAGCCGACCCACUUGCCAUCCGUACGCAGGGCACGUUCUCGGCGUGCGGCGUGAGCUGGGACAAUUAUGAGCCCAUCCGCUGGAACAGGACAGAUGGGCUCACGCACUUCGCCGCGUGCGCCUCGGCGAGCGGCGACCCCAGCAUUAUCGGCGUCUGCCAUACAGGCGGCGUCGGGCACGACAGCUGGCAAGACUGUGCGGACGUGCCCGCGGCGAGGUGCGACGGCUUGGUGGGCCCGGACCAGUCUCCUGCAAAGCUGCUCUUCGUGUCCUGCGAUGGCGUGGACGACCCAAGGCUAGCGGUGCUCGGGUCGACGACUCCGAGUCCUGCUCCGUCCCCGGCGCCCACCACAGCUCCGAGCCGAGAGCCCAGGACCUUCGAGAGCAGCGCCAGCAGCGGACAAGAAGCGCUGGCUCUGGGGGAAGGGCCCCACGUGACCAACUUGAACGGCGACAGUUUCGACAUCGGCACGCCGUCGUCCGACUACACCCUGCUCCGCGUGCCUUAUGACGAAGAGGGCCCGGAGCUGCUGAGGCUGAGCGCCAGCAUGGAUGCCGACGGCGUGCGGGCCUGCAGCCUCUACGUCAAAGAGGUCUCCCUGAGCGGCUCGCUACUCGCCCACCAGACCGUGCGGGUCCGCCCCUCCGCGCACACCGCUGGAGGCUCCGACCAGGCAGGGAACAAGGCGAGGGCGAACUUCUCACUGCGGGUGGGGAGCUCAAGCUGGAGGGACCUCUGGCACGACGGCGUGGGCGCCGAGGUCCCCGAGGCGAGGGUCGGCCUCCUGACGGCCCGCCUCGUGUGGAGGAAGGGGCCCGGACAGCUCGAGCGCCGAGGCGCAGAGCCUGGAGCUCCGGGUGGAGGUGGGCAGGGACGAGCGCCCGGUGGUGCUCACCCUGUCGCAGGCCUCGCACCGGGCCCUGAACCUCGAGGUGGGCGGCCUCGGCAUACUGGGGCGCCGGCGGGUCGCGGGCGCCCUCGGCACCGAGGGGCGCAACGCGUCGCUGGAGCAGCCUAGCCCAGGCUGCCUGCGGGAGGCGGCCGCCCACUCGGCCGCUCAGCGCAGGGGCUUGCCGGACGCGCCAGCCUCUUACGUGAGCGCGUCGUGGGAAUGAGCGGCUCGCCAGGCGGCUGCGGCCUUCUGCGUCAGCGCGUCGAUGACCCCGAAGGAGCCCAGCGGAAGCAGCCGAGCUCUCGGCUGCGCGCGUGCGGCGGCCGCAGGCGGCCGCAUUGUGGGAGUGAGGUGGCCUCUCGUGGGUAGUUGCACUCCGUCCUCGCGUUAGGACCAUUAUAAAGUUGUCGAGUUAUGUAUCAGUUCUCACGGGCUUUGCGUUGUGCAAAUGGGCCUCCUCAUGCCUCAGUUCGCUGGCAGUUGCCAGCAACGGCGUCCGUUUCGAUGCCGGCCAGGCCAGGACCCUCAACUGAUUAUUGAGCAGCGUCCGGUUCGACGUCCGCCAACAUGUC